AUGGCAACUCGCCCAGUAUUGAACGGCACUUGGAGAUUAUCUCACAGCCUCUUGUCAUGUAGGGCCACCAAAUAUUUGUCAACUUACGUACCUAGGCAUCAGAACUUCGAUGCCACCAUUGCCAACUUGAACAUUGGCAAGGAUACUAGGGUGAUCUAUCAAGGGUUUACUGGUAAAGCCGCAACUCUCAAUGCCAAAGAUACAAUUGAAUAUGGCACCAAUGUCGUUGGUGGUGUAUCUCCAGGCAAAGGCGGCCAAGAGCAUUUGGGUCUUCCUGUAUUUAAUACAGUCAGAGAGGCCGUGGAGCAGGUGAAACCCCAUGCGACAUCAGUGUUCGUACCCGCGCAAUUCGCCGCCACCGCUAUCAUUGAAGCCAUAGAGGCAGAAGUUCCUCUUGUCGUGACCGUGGCCGAGCAUAUACCCGUACAUGACAUGAUGCGCGUCCACGAUGUGCUCAAAACUCAAUCUAAAACCCGACUUGUCGGUCCGAACUGCCCCGGUAUCAUAGCUCCCGAGCAGUGCCGUAUUGGCAUUAUGCCGCAUAAGCAGUACAAGAGGGGCCCUAUCGGGAUAGUCUCCAAGAGCGGAACCUUAAGUUACGAAGCUGUGGGCUCAACAUCGAAAGCUGGAUUGGGCCAAAGCCUCGUUGUUGGUAUGGGAGGGGAUAUGAUGCCUGGAACAACACUUGUGGAUGCCCUGAAGCUGUUCUUUGAUCACCCAGAAACAGAGGGCAUUAUUGUCAUCGGGGAGAUCGGUGGGGAGGCAGAACUCAGAGCUGCUGAAGCCAUCAAGGAAUACAGGAGAAUCAUGAGGAAUCCAAAGCCGAUCAUAGCCAUGGUCGCUGGUAAGACAGCCCCCGAAGGUCGAACCAUGGGCCAUGCCGGUGCACUUCUGCAAUCAGGAGAUAUAUCCGCUGAAGCCAAGGCGAAGGCUUUGGCAGAUAGUGGCGCAGUGGUGGUACCGCAUCCCGGGGUUAUGGGACAUGUUAUGAAGGACCUUCUUUCGUCACAUACUCACAGAGUCCGUAAAGGAUUCGGCCCAUUAAGUCCUGAAGUGUCUUUUUCGAACCCCACAUCGGAGCUACGAGAAUAG